AUCAUCCCAAUCUUCAGUCAUUCAUUCUUACUUUCAUAGCCAUGAAGUCUCAUUGCUUCCUUUUGGCGUUUUUUCUCUUGGUCGCAACUUUUGUUACACAUGUUGGGUUUGCGGCACCAAUUUCCAUACCACUCUCUUCAGCCAUUCUUGUUCCAGGUACACCAGCAUGUAACAACACACCUCCGCCUUCACCCACCGUAUCUCCGCCAGUUUAUGCACCUUCACCCGUUCCAAACCCACCGGUACCUACUCCAGCACCCUCUAUUUCACCCACACCUGCCCCCGCCGUGCUAGCUUGCCCUCCUGUUAGUUCACCAUCGCCAGCGCCCUUUAAUGAAGGACCAGAUGGACAUGGUUAUAAUCCGCCGUAUCCAAACCCACCCAUUUUCCCUCCUACUCCGGCGAUCUCGCCUAGUAUUGCUCCCGAUUUUCCCUGCAACAGCACAACUCCACCACCGCCAGCUCCACUGCUUCCGUAUCCACCCACCACUCCACCUGCUGUAACACCAUUACCUCCGCUGAUACCACCGAUAAUUCCACCAUACCCAAUAAACACUCCACCUGCACCUUCUCCUACAGUACCAGUGACGCCGGCACCUUCACCAUUUCCAUAUCCAACAAACACUCCACCUCCCCCGCCACCUUGCAUCACCACACCUCCACCCUCAACUCCACCAUCUCCGAAUUCACCUAAUAUGCCACCACCCAUUGUCCCACCCUCAAUCACUCCAUCAUAUCCCAUUUCACCCAUCAUUCCUCCAUAUAUUCCCUCACCAAAUAUGUCACCAUCUUACCCUGUCACGCCUAGCCCCUCACCACCUUGCAACAAUAUUGCUGCACUGAUAAGCAAGCGAGCAUUAAACUCGGAAGAGUGUUUUUCAUCAUGCAAGUUAAGGUGCGAGUUAGACUUGAAGCAAGAAAGAUGCCACCAAAGUUGCAUGGCGUGCUGUCGUCGUUGUAACUGUGUUCCAGGACAAUAUGGAAACAGAGAGAUGUGUGGUUCGUGCUACACUGAUAUGAAAACUCUAGCUGGAAGACCCAUGUGCCCUUGAAGGCCUGCUACUUUAUAUAAUUAGUUCCCCAAUUAUAUGCAUGAGGGAAUCAAUAAAAUUAUGUUUGAAAAUUAUGGAUAUUAAAAAUAACUUGGUUUUGGAUUGUGAUAUCUAUUUGUGGAUCAGUGAAAAGCAUGGAUAACGUAUUUUGA